AUGUAUCAACAUCUUCGACCUUAUUCUUAUUCUGAAUAUCAAGAUAUUUUUAAAAAGAGCAAUGGUAUUGUUGCACAGCUUGAACGGUUUGUUUCUCUCGAAACCAAUACAUUAUUUGCAACACAUUAUACUACUGCAUUAAAACUUGAUUGUGAAAAUAUUAAUAAAAUUAGUCCUCAUCUAUUCGAAAAUCAAAGCUAUCUUGAAAAUUCACAGAUAAUUAAUUGGUUUUCAAAAUGUGCUCCAUUAUAUUCAUUGAAAACGAAUGGAGAAGGAAAUUGUUUACUGGAUGCUUGUUUGUUGCAUAUGAUUGGCAUACAAGAUUCAUCUUUAACACUUCGUCAUCAUUUAUUAAAUUAUAUUAAAACAAAUGAAAGGGCAAUUCAUGAUAGAUGGAGAUAUUCGAGAGUGUCAUUUGAUCAAAAAUUAGGAAUUGAUUUAGAAGAUCAUAUAAUGGAAAAAGAAUGGAACGAUAUUAUUGCCGAAACCGAAGUCGUUGAUGGUAGAAAAUGUAAAUUUUUACAGUCUUGCCAUAUAUUCUCCACCGCAAACAUGCUUAAACGACCAAUUAUUGUGUUAGGACAUGAAUUCAUUAAUACGGUCAAUGAAUGUAAUGUGCAGUUGAAUGACUUGGUCGGCAUUUACUUGCCUCUUUUGUCAACAGCCAGUAACACCAUUCAUUAUCCCAUUGUAUUAGGCUACACAAGCAAUCAUUUCACGCCUUUAGUUAUGCGUGAAAAUCAGAGUUCAGAUUUAACAUCAUUGUGUUCAUAUUUACCAUUGUCAUUCUUAUCAUCUUCUAUUAAUACAUUGUUGUUACGUGACUUACCAGUUCAUUAUUUAAACUAUCUCGAGGAAAACAAUAUUAAUAAUCUGUUAAAAAAAUAUUUAGUUAUUGAUGAUAUUCAAUCUGAUAGUGGAGAGAUUGUUAGAUGUUGUGCAUUAAGCGAAGAAAGAUUACCUGAACACGUCAACGCUUUAGAUAAAUAUAUACAAUAUUUAAAAGAAAAUUUACCAGAUGAAGUAAAAAUGAAGAAUCCACCGAAACAAAGCGAUAUGGAUACUGAUCCUGCCAGUGCUAGUACAAGUACUGCUGUAUUUUGUGUUGGUGAUACAUUUCAUUCGUUUGAAGAGUUUAAACGUAAAUUAAAUAAUUAUUCAUCUGAAACCGGAGCAAUGUUUUCCAUCGGUCAUUCAACAAAACUAAAGCAUACAUCAGAAUUAGUUUAUGAAACUAUUGUAUUUUAUUGUUGUCAUGGUGGUAAAAUACGGAAUCGUAGUAAUGGAAUACGGCCGCAGCAGCAUCAUCUGUGUUUACAGUGCCCGGUUAAGAUCCGGCUACAAAGCAAUGGGACAACCUUAAAAAUCACUGUAAUUAAUUUAAAUCAUAAUCAUAAAGUUGAUCAAUCAAAUUUAAAAUUUUAUGCUCGUCACCGUCGUUUGGAUAAUGACACUAUUGAAUUAAUAAAAAAAUAUGAUAAUCACAAAGUUCCUCGAAAUAUUAUUCGUGACAUGGUUAUGAAUGAAAAUAAAGACAAGUUCGCCACUGUAAAAGAUUCAACAGCAACCGUUGAUGUCACUGUGUCAGAUAAUAAUCAGCUUGAUAUGAUAUUUAUUGCAACAUCUAAAAUGAAAGAAAAUUUUAAACAAUUUUUUCAUAUUGUAUUUUUUGACGCAACUUACAAGAUUAAUAUAGAAAGCUAUUCAUUAUAUGUAUUUUUAGUUGAAGAUAGUCGUGGUACAGUUGGAAUAGCAUUAUUAGCCCACGAAUCACAAGAAAAUAUACGUGAAUUGCUAUCAAAAUUUCAACAAACAUAUCCAGUUUUACUCUGCUACUUUCAUAUUGUUAAAAAACUGAAGGAACAAAUUGCAAAAUUGCCGAUUAAUAUUGAUGAAAAAAAGGACAUAUUAGAUUCGUCAAAAAAAUUGAUUUAUAGUCAGAAUCAAGCAGAGUUUGACAAUAAUGCUUACAAUUUACGCCAGGCUGCUUUAAACACCACCUAUUGGACAUAUUUUGAACAAAACUGGAUGACAUGCACAAAUUUAUGGGCAUUUUUCAAACGAAAAGAUUCUUUAUCAUUAUUAAAUAAUACAAAUAAUCGUAUUGAAUCUUUUUUUCGUGUAGUUAAACGCGAAUUUAGACGACGUAAUAAAAUACCGCAUUUAAGUAAAGCGUUAAAUAUUCUAAUGAUGCUUUUUAAUUUGAAAACACAUAUUCAAGAUUUUGAAAAUGUUCGUCAAGAAUUAACAUGUUUUACAAUACAAAAUACAAAAUAUCCUGAAUUUAUGAAAGAGUGUGGACAUAUUUUGACUGGUAAGACUAUUUCUUUGUUCGUUGCAUUGAAUGUUGCGGACUACAAUGUUUUUUUUAUAUCAGCUGGACUGUAUACAGCAGUGAUGCCGAGCUACUCAAUUAGAGAUAAAAAUUUUGUUAAUUUCGUUAAUUCUUUCCAGAAAAUAAUUUGUAAAAAACGUCAUAAAGAGCUCGGAGACAUCUCAUUUUGUAGAGAAUUGUUUGCUCUAUCAUUCUACGUAGUUUGAACAAAACUUUAUUUGCAGGUUCCAGGUGCUGAAACUACAGUGGUUACAAAAAUUGAUCAACUUGAUGUAUUUUCGAUUUUUUUCCGCAGCCAUAAACUCUAAAAAAGUUUCAGAUAGUGACUUGAGUAGAGAAAUGGUACAGUAAAUCAUGUCACUUAUAUCUUCAACUACAAGACUGAGCA